AUGGCAACUGCUAUGGAUUUCUACAGUAGCAAAACGUUUCAACAAUCUGAUCCUUUCGGUGGUGAAUUAAUGGAAGCGCUUUUACCUUUUAUCAAAAGCCCUUCCUCUGAUUCUCCAUCGUCCGCGUCUGCGUUUGCGUUUCAGUCGCCGUUCUCUCUUCCUCCUCCUUUAUCUUCCUUCGCCGGAUCUUACCCUAACGUCUGUUCGUACGGAUCGGAUCUUCAGCAGAUCCACUCUUUCUCGAACCUUCUCGGCCCCAAACCGGUUCCGAUGAAGCAAUCCGGUGCUGCUCCGAAGCCGAUGAAGCUGUACAGAGGAGUGAGACAACGUCACUGGGGAAAAUGGGUCGCUGAGAUCCGUUUACCCAGGAACCGAACUCGGCUCUGGCUCGGAACAUUCGAUACGGCGGAGGAAGCUGCGUUGGCCUAUGACAAGGCGGCGUAUAAGCUGCGCGGCGAUUUCGCCCGGCUCAAUUUCCCGAACCUCCGUCACAACGGAUCCAACAUCGGCGAGUACCAACCUCUUCAGUCCUCAGUCGACGCUAAGCUUGAAGCAAUCUGCCAAAACUUAGCCGAGACGCAAAAACAGGGGAAAUCAACGAAGAAGUCUUCUUCCAGGAAACGUUCGUCCACCGCCGCCGUCGCGAAACAACCGGAGGUCAAUUCGUGUCCAGAUCUGACGGAGGAAGUCAAAUCAGAGGAUUACUCUAGCGCCGGAUCUCCACCGUCGACGGAGAGCUUCGGAUCCGGAGAUUCUUCCCCGUUGUCGGAUCUGACGUUCGCCGACACGGAGGAGGAGCCAUCGUGGAACGAGAACUUUGCGUUGGAGAAGUAUCCGUCGUACGAGAUCGACUGGGAGUCGAUCCUGUCUACGUAA